CUUUUGUAAUGAAAAAUGGCAGCGUUCUGUAGAGGCAGAUACCGGUGGAAACGCACUAACUGCAUUCAAUUUAUUACGAGAAACUUAACGGGGACAUUUGAUUAUGAUCUUGUCGUUAUUGGUGGUGGUUCAGGGGGUCUGGCUUGUUCCAAAGAAGCUGCCCAGCUAGGACAGAAAGUUGCUGUGUUAGAUUAUGUGGAGCCGUCAGUUAAAGGUACAAAGUGGGGCAUUGGUGGCACGUGUGUGAACGUGGGCUGCAUUCCCAAGAAGCUCAUGCACCAGGCUGCUCUGCUGGGCACAGCUCUAAAAGACGCCCAGAAGUAUGGCUGGCAAGUCCCCGGGCCCAUCUCACAUGACUGGAGGACAAUGGCAGAGGCUGUGCAGAACCACAUCAGAUCCCUGAACUGGGGCCACCGUGUCCAGCUACAAGACAAGAAGGUGACGUAUCUAAACAUGAAAGGAAGGCUGGUGGACGAGCACACAGUCCAGGGUUUAAGCAAGACGGGAAAAGAGACAACACUGACUGCCAAGAACAUUGUGAUUGCAACUGGGGGACGGCCAAAGUACCCCACGCAUGUCCCUGGAGCGAUCGAGCACAGUAUCACUAGUGAUGAUAUCUUCUGGCUGAAGGAAUCCCCCGGCAAGACACUUGUGGUUGGUGCCAGCUAUGUGGCCCUGGAGUGUGCCGGCUUCCUGACCGGUUUGGGUCUGGACACUACGGUCAUGGUGCGCAGCGUCCCCCUCCGUGGGUUUGAUCAGCAAAUGGCAGGUCUGGUGACAGAUUACAUGGAGGCCUAUGGCACCAAGUUCUGCUGGAAGAGUGUCCCUAAAAGAGUGGCCAAGCUGUCAUGUGGGAAGCUGCAGGUGACCUGGACAGACAGACAGACAGGACAAGACCAGCAGGACAGCUUUGACUCUGUGCUGUGGGCCAUAGGCAGAGCCCCUGAAACCAAAACUCUCAACCUGGAAAAAGUUGGCAUCAAGCUCAAUAAGGAGUCUGGGAAAAUAUUGGUGGGUGCUGACGAAUCCACAUCUGUGCCGAACAUUUACGCUUUUGGUGAUAUCGGUGAGGGUCGCCCUGAGUUGACCCCGACUGCCAUUAAGGCUGGGAAGCUCCUUGCCCGCAGGCUCACAGGCCAGAGCAGUGAGCUCAUGAACUAUGACAACGUUGCCACCACAGUGUUCACCCCGCUGGAGUAUGGCUGUGUAGGCCUGUCGGAGGAGGAGGCUGAGAGCAGACAUGGGAAGGACUCCAUCGAGGUGUACCAUGCUUUCUACAAGCCUCUGGAAUUCACUGUGGCUGAGAGAGAUGGCAGCCACUGUUACAUAAAGGUGGUGUGUGAGCGGGGUGGGGACCAGAGGAUCCUGGGCCUGCAUUUCACUGGGCCCAAUGCCGGAGAGGUCACCCAGGGCUUUGCAAUGGGCUUCAGGUGUGGGGCCACCAUGAAUCACCUGAAGGAGACAGUGGGGAUCCAUCCCACCUGCGCUGAGGAACUAACCAAAGUCAACAUCAGCAAGCGCUCGGGGCUGGACCCGACGGUUACUGGUUGCUGAGGUUAAGCACCCCCUUUUCUGAACACACCUGAGCACAUAGGAAAAGAACCUCCUCGCAGACACAGGGGAUGUGUCCCAAAUUGGACCCACUGCCCUAUGUAGUGCACCAAUGAAGUCCCGUAGGACUUUUUCAAAGGGAACAUAGUGCCAUUUGAGAUGCAUUCAGGGAAGUAGUUACAAUGCAUAUAUGUGGGGUUAUAGCUUGAUAUGUACCGUUUGUCUCUGGUUUCCAUUCUCUAAGGCUCUCCUAGACUCCUCUGACUGGUCCAUGUAAAACCCUUGGUAGACUCUGCUUUUCCAGGCACUAUUUCACCUCCUCUCCACUCUGACUGUCUUAUUACUGCUGGGCCCUCCAGGUCAUGCCUGUGGGGCUGUGUCCGGAGAAGUCCACAUUCGUGUCAGGUUAGACUAGUUGUCACACUAACCAGGUCAUGGUUAUCCAGUUUAGUUUGUACUCUCUUCUCCCCCAACGCUGAAUGCCUUGGGGAGUUCUAGAUCCAGGUUAGUGAAAUGUCCAGACACAAGCAGCGUCCUUUAAAUAAACAGGCUCAUAAAUCAGGAUUAUGGGCCAUUCCAGUUUGUUGAAACAGAACUGUAUAAGAGAGAGAAAACGGGGCAACUAAUGUUUCUGAAAUAUAUUCGGCAAAUAUUGUUGUUUCUCCGCCUGUACUUCCUGUCCAUUAGUCUUGAAAGUGACACAUGCGUUGCCUGGGUGACACUGAUGGAUGGGCCCCGGGCCGUCGCUGCGGUGACACCACGGACACACACAAACAGUGGGCGGGCCGGCUGCCUGUCAUUGGAGGUGCCGAGCAACACAGGGCUCAGUCUGGGCCUGGCUACAGCCUUGUUUAGGCCUCCAUUGACUCCAGAGCACUGCGCUAACUCCCCCCUCUCACCCCCUAUCACCCCCAAUGCACAAAGGAAUACAGUGGGACUACAAUAACAGCCUCUGUCAGUCUGUACGUGGGGACGCCUUGGCCAGCAGGGCCUGGCAACCCAAUCCCUUUGAGGAGAGAUGGAGGGAAGUAUUGACACAGUGGUGGUUGUACCCAACAUUAACCUGAAGGUGGCGGUAUUGCCCUCUUUUUUUUUUUUUUUUGUCGAAUAACAUGCCUUCUCAAGAAACGAUAGGGUACUGAAGUCAGUGUACAAAGAAUAAGCCCUUGUGCAUUCAAGUUGCAUUAAUCCUUUAAUCCUUAUUUGAGAUCUCUUAUUGAAUGACUAUGGAGACCAUGAGGGUGUUUGUAGCUGACUGAUAACGUUGUAUAUUUAUACAACUGGCAGUUUAACCCACAAAGUCAUCGCCUCCUGAGAUAAGGCCAUUUGUUUAUUUCCCUUCACUGCCUUCAUACUGUCGUGAUUUUUAACAGUCACAUAAAUUAUCAUUCUAUUCGAGUCUUCGAACAUGUCGAGUACACCAUUUCGCCCCAGUCCACUCUUCAGCCGACGAUGGCUUCCUGUAAGUACUGGGAGCGAUGAACUACGAAGUGCUGGGCUGAGCUGGACAGGUCACGCAGUGCAGUUUGAGUGGAAGGGAGUGGGGAGCUAAGAGGAGGGCACAGGGCUGGUUUAUUUGUGUUUGAAGUCUAAUCUGCCUGGCCUGAUUAAUGAUCCCGACGAGGGGAGUGACAGCACACGGCACGGGCGACGGUGGUGGUGGAGGGAGAGGGGGAGAACCGCCGCGCUACCUGGUUUAUUUGGACCUGGGGUUUGGGAGAGUGAGGGCG